AUGGCUAGCGAUAGAAGGAACUGGAGCCCCCCGAGACAACCAGGCACGUACACCCCUCUCGUGGCGUCAGCCGAGCACAUCUAUGCGGUAAGCAAGGAUAAGGCCCCUUUUCGGAAGCCGCAGCCUAUUCCCUAUAAUGUUGCCAAAGACAAGAAGAAGUACUGUGACUUCCACAAAUCAGCUGGACACAACACCGCGGACUGUAGACACCUUAAAGAGGAGAUCGAGGAGUUACUCAGGGCAGGCUACUUAACGGAAUGGGUGAAGAAAUACAGAAUGGAUCACCCACCGGAAAGGCGCGCCCGCGGAAGGUCACCCGAAAAUAAAGAUGAUGAGAAGCAGAACGAUACCCAGUUUGUGAGGGAAGGUAGCAUUAGGAGCAUAUUCGGAGGCCCCUACAUAGGUGGAGGCAGUCGAAAGGCAAUGGAGAGGUACGCCAAGGAGGCAAGGGACUACCCUCUUACCAACGUGAACCAUUUAUCAGCCAGGGCCCCGAGAGUCUUCAAAGGAGAGACCAUGGACAUCACUUUCACAGAGGACGACGCUAGAUGGGUACACCAUCCCCACAACGAUGCCCUGGUGGUCGCCAUGCGCAUCGCCACUAUGAACGUUCACCGGGUAUUCGUGGAUAAUGGAAGUUCGGUUAACAUCCUCUACUACGACACCUACAAGAAGAUGGGACUACCAGAUAAAGACAUGACAGUAGAGAAUCUCUACAUCUAUGGCUUCGGAGGAGAGGCCAUCAAGGCUAAAGGAACCAUCCGCCUACCCGUGACAUUGGGAGAAGCCCCACGGGCGGCCACACAGAUAUCUGAAUUCGUAAUCAUCGACCACCCGUCAGCUCAUAAUGCACUAAUGGGGCGCCCCCUCUUGAAAGACAUGAGGAUAGUCACCUCCAUCUAUCAUCUCACUUUAAAGUUCCCUACUCCCGGAGGGGUUGGGUGCGUAAAGGGAUCUCAGUACGAGUCUCGCGACUGCUAUGGCCGAUCACUCAAAAAUUUUCAAGAAAAAAGAGGAGUGAGACCCCACGAAGAACUCCAUUCGGUCCACGCCAUCUACUUCAUAGAAUACCCAGAAAGUGAUACGGAGGGCGUGCCCUCACCCCUACCAUCAGAAGAACACAUCCACUUCGAGGAUAAACUACCCCUCGCACAUGAGCCAAAGGUGGGAGAGUGUAGAGAAAAAGUCGCGGAGGUAGAGGUCACACCCCCCACCAAAAUCCGGAAGAUAGACAAGGCAGAGGUAGUGAUGGAACUGGAUGAUCCCGUACCCGUUGAAGGAACACCCGAGGAUGCAUCCCCAGAACACAAGGCAACCCCCCAACAAUUUGAUUUUGAUCUAGACCCUAGGUUGCCUAUGCUCGUGCAGAACACGGGACCAGCCGAGGACACAGUCGAGAUACAGGUUACACCGGGGAGUGACGACAAGGUCCUCAAAAUAGGGUCGAAACUAAGUUCUGAGGUAAGGAUCAAGCUGACAGAGUUCCUAAAGGCCAACCUUGAUGUAUUCGCUUGGAGUCAUGAAGACAUGAUCGGGAUUGAUCCGGCUGUUAUGUGUCACCAUCUCAACAUCGACCCCACCAAAAAAGGUAUUAGACAGAAGCGUAGACCAAUAAGUGGGGAAAGAGCUGAGGCCCUCCAGGAAGAGGUAGACCGUCUCAUGAAAGCGGGACUAGUAAAAGAGUCGUUCUACCCAACAUGGCUAGCAAACCCUGUACUGGUGAAAAAACCCAACGGGAAGUGGCGUACCUGCAUAGACUUCACAGACCUCAACAAGGCGUGCCCUAAAGAUAGCUUCCCACUACCUAGGAUCGAUCAGCUGGUAGAUUCAACGGCCGGCCACGCUCUUCUUAGUUUCAUGGAUGCGUACUCGGGUUACAACCAGAUCCCCAUGUACGAGCCUGACCAGGAGCACACCUCAUUCAUUACAGAUAGAGGUCUAUAUUGUUAUAUUGGCAUGCCAUUUGGACUUAUCAACGCAGGCGCGACUUAUCAAAGGCUCGUAAACAUGAUGUUCAAAGAUCAAAUCGGAAAGACCAUGGAAGUGUACGUUGACGACAUGUUGGUCAAAUCCAAGAAGGCCAAUGAUCAUGUGUCCCACCUAGCUGACAUGUUCGAAAUCCUAAGGAAGUACAGGAUGAAGCUCAACCCUCAAAAGUGUGUCUUCGGAGUAGAGUCAGGGAAGUUUCUUGGUUUCAUGGUAAAUCACAGAGGUAUCGAGGCCAAUCCCACGAAAAUCAAAGCUUUGAUAGAGAUGAAGUCUCCAACCAAUGUCAAACAGGUCCAAAGCUUAACCGGGAGGAUCGCCGCUUUGAACAGGUUUGUGUCGAAGUCUUCCGAAAAAUGCAAAGAGUUCUUCAAAGCCGUGAAGGGUGCUUCCAAGGAUUUUGAAUGGACGGUAGAAUGUGAAAGCGCUUUCGUGAAAAUCAAAAAACACUUGGGCGAGCCACCCCUCUUAGCUAAACCAGAUGAAGGUGAGACGCUCGUACUCUACCUAGCUGUCUCAGAUUAUUCCAUUAGUGCCGUUUUGGUGAAGGAGGACGCGGAGGGUCAGUCCCCGGUCUAUUAUGUGAGUAAAAGGUUGUUGGACGCCGAGACUCGCUACACAAGUAUGGAAAAGUUGGUGUACGCUUUGGUACAUGCAUCCCGAAAGCUACGACCCUACUUCCAAGCGCAUAAGGUAGAGGUGAGGACCGCGUACCCUCUUCGUCAAAUCAUGCAUAAACCGGAGGUAACAGGUAGGAUGAUGAAGUGGGCAGUUGAGUUAGGACAAUUCGACAUUGAUUACAGACCACGAACCGCCAUCAAAGGUCAGGCCCUGGCGGAUUUCAUUCUAGAAUUCCCAGAAGAUGGAGAGAACUCCGGCCUAUUAAUCAAAUAUGACCCAGACCUACCGCCACAACCGGACGCCCCGAAAGAAGACAUCCCCGAACUAUGGUGGACGGUGCACACCGACGGAGCAGUGAAUAGUGAUGGGGCAGGUGCUGGCAUAGUGUUGGUAAGCCCCGAAGGACACAGGCUCUUGAAUGCCAUCCACUUCACCUUCCAACUAUCUAAUAACGACGCAGAAUAUGAGGCAUUAGUGGGAGGCUUAAAAUUAGCCCUCGAGAUGAAAGUUAGAAGGCUCGUAGUAAAGCUCGACUCAAUGCUGGUGGUAGAACAUAUAAAAGGAGGAUACCAAGCCAAGGGACCUAAGACAGCCAUGUACCUCAAAUGCGUCCAGAGGUUGCUAGAUCAAUUUGAGGAGGUGCAAGUAAACAAGGUACCUAGGGAGUUCAACGGAGACGCCGACGCCUUGGCAAAAUUGGGGUCUCAGAAAGAGGCUUCCUUAUUGGGGGUAAUUCGAUUGGAAGUUCAAGAGGUGCCUAGCAUCCCAGAACUAGAUGUCAUGAAGGUAGGAGACGGCGUCGAACAUCAAACAUGGAUGACACCAAUAUGGGAUUUUAUUAAGGAAGGAAAGUUACCCGAAGAUAAAGCCGAAGCACGGAGGCUAAGAUAUAAGGCAGCCAGGUAUGUCGAGUAUGAUGGCAAACUAUAUAAGAGGGGCUUCAACCAGCCAUUGUUGAAGUGUAUAGACGGUGAUGAGUGCACCUAUGUAUUGAGGGAGGUCCAUGAAGGCAUAUGUGGAAACCACUCGGGAGGCAACUCAUUAGCUAUGAAGGUCCUGAGGCAAGGAUACUACUGGCCUACCCUAAGGAGUGACGCCUUCGGUUUUGCCAGAGCAUGUGAUAAGUGCCAACGGUUUGCCAACUUCACCCAUAACCCAGCAACAUCCUUGACCAGCAUGACCAGUCCUUGGCCUUUUGCCAUGUGGGGGAUAGACUUGAUUGGGGAACUCCCUAAAGCCAAGGGAGGUGUGAAGUAUGCGGUGGUAGCUGUGGAUUACUUUACCAAGUGGGCGGAGGCUGCACCCCUAGCCACCAUCACAGCCAAAAAGAUCAAGGAUUUUGUUUUUAACUCUAUUGUUUGCAGGUUUGGAAUCCCUUACAAGCUGAUCUCGGACACCGGAAAGCAAUUCGACAGCAAGGAAUUGAGAGGCCUCUGUGACGACCUAGGAAUCAAGAAGAAUUUUGCAGCAGUGUACCAUCCCCAGGGCAACGGGCAAACAGAGGCAGUGAACAAAAUCAUUAAACACACCUUGAAGACGAAGCUGGAGGAUAGCAAGGGAAACUGGCCGGAGGAGCUCCCCAUGGUGCUAUGGUCUUACAACACGACUCCUAGGACUACGACUGGGGAGUCGCCGUUCGUGUUAGCUUAUGGAUGCGAAGCCAUGGUUCCAAUAGAGGUUGGAGCUGGAUCAUUCAGGCGAGAUUAUUUUGAAAAACACGACAACGACGUCAAUCAAAGGCUCUACUUGGAUAUGAUUGAAGAAAUCAGAGCUACCUCACAGAUACGACUAGCUGCAUACCAGCAAAGAACAGCGAGGUAUUACAACAGCAAAGUAAAGGCUCACCCAUUCCAAGUAGGGGACCUCGUCCUUAGGAAAGUUGUGCUCAACAACAGGAACCCUUCGCAUGGAGUCUUCGGGGCUAACUGGGAAGGCCCCUACAGAGUGAAGGUGAUACUAUGGAAAGGAACCUAUAGGUUGGAAGACCUCGAUGGGAAGCCUGUUCCGCGUCCUUGGAACGCGGAGCACCUAAAAAAAUACUACCAGUAG